GUGUCGCACUAAUUCUUUAUUCAAGUGCAAAUCCACGCUUGCCCGGCCGCCACCAAUCCCCAUCCCCUAAUCCACGCUAUUACCCAUUCCGACCGGUCUCCGUCUCCGGCUCCGGCUCUCUUACUCUUUCUCAUUCGCUCUCUGAGCCACCUCUGUAAUGGCGCAAUUAAAGUCAUUUUCUUCUUCACACUCACCAACAAGCUUCGCUUUUCAUGGUCCAGAAAGAGCUCACAAAAUCUGCUGGCCCAGGAAAUUGAAUUCAACUUUGGAGUUGGGGGCGAAGGUAAGUGAGCUCCAUGGGAAUGCGUGUAUAUCUAUUAGCCAUAAUGGCACUGGUGCUGGCUCUCGUAACAAGCAAGUAAUUAGAGCAGCCUUGCCUAGUUAUAAAGAGUCGGAAAUAUCUGAAGCUACAAGCAAUAAAGGCUUACGUGGAAAAUUGAAGAAGGUUGUUCUGGCUUAUAGUGGUGGCUUAGAUACGUCAGUCAUUGUUCCAUGGCUAAGGGAGAACUAUGGUUGUGAAGUUGUCUGCUUCACUGCUGAUGUUGGUCAGGGUAUAAAAGAAUUGGAUGGUUUGGAAGCAAAGGCCAAGGCCAGUGGGGCUUGUCAGUUGGUAGUGAAGGACCUACAAGAGGAAUUUGUUAAAGAGUUUAUAUUUCCUUGCCUGCGGGCUGGUGCAAUUUAUGAGAGAAAAUACUUGCUGGGAACCUCAAUGGCACGCCCUGUUAUUGCUAAGGCAAUGGUUGAUGUUGCCGAAGAAGUUGGAGCUGAUGCUGUUGCUCAUGGAUGUACAGGAAAAGGAAAUGAUCAGGUUCGCUUUGAGCUGACCUUCUUCGCUUUGAAUCCCAAACUAAAUGUUGUGGCUCCUUGGAGGGAGUGGGAUAUUACAGGCAGAGAAGAUGCCAUUGAAUAUGCUAAGAAGCAUAAUGUGCCUGUUCCAGUGACGAAGAAAUCCAUAUACAGCAGAGAUGGAAAUUUAUGGCACCUUAGUCACGAGGGUGACAUUUUGGAAGAUCCAGCAAAUGAACCUAAGAAGGAUAUGUACAUGUUAACAGUGGACCCAGAAGAUGCACCUAACCAACCUGAGUAUGUAGAAAUUGGGAUUGUAUCAGGGAUCCCUGUUUCAGUCAAUGGGAAGACACUUUCCCCAGCAUCUAUGCUGUCAGAGCUCAACCAAAUUGGCGGGAAGCACGGAAUUGGCCGAAUUGACAUGGUAGAAAACCGCCUUGUUGGUAUGAAAAGCCGAGGAGUCUAUGAAACCCCAGGUGGUACCAUCCUUUUUGCUGCUGUACGCGAGCUCGAAUCCUUGACAUUGGAUCGAGAAACAAUGCAAGUGAAAGACUCCCUAGCCCUGAAAUAUGCAGAGUUGGUGUAUGCAGGCAGAUGGUUCGACCCACUUCGUGAGUCUAUGGAUGCAUUCAUGGAGAAGAUCACAGGAACCACGACAGGUUCAGUGACUUUAAAACUAUACAAAGGUUCUAUCACUGUAACUGGCAGGAAGAGUCCCCAUAGUUUGUAUAGGCAAGAUAUUUCAUCAUUUGAGAGUGGGGAUGUAUAUGAUCAAGCUGAUGCUGCUGGAUUUAUUAGGCUUUAUGGUCUUCCAAUGAGGGUUCGAGCAAUGCUUGAGAAGGGUAUCUGAAUCUUUGUUUCUAAUAAUCAUGGAGUUGGCCUGCGCAUGGAUCGAGUGAAAUGUAUUUCUAAUCCAAUUGUUUAGUUUUCGCUAGCGUUUCAAUAAUAUUUUAGCCUCCGUUAGACUUCUACUUUAAUGUAGUUUCAACAUUAUUCGUUUCCUUAUAAUAUCUAAAUUGGUUAUUCCACCACCAACA